AAAUUGUAUAGUCUCAAGAGAUCAACAAAUGAAUCUGCAUAUUUCAACACGCAUAGAUAAUCCCUACUGAGGAACCAUUUCUAAGGAGUGGGGUGAUGCAUAUUUUAAUAUUUGACGUGAGACGCGAUACCGAGUCUUGAUGUUGAAGUCGUAAUAAGAGAUUGUUGUUUUAUAUAAGGAGCGCAAAAAUUUUAUAUCGGAUACAUGGCUAGCUUAAAAUUUUUAACACCGGAAGAAAACAAAUUCUGGCACGAGAAUGGUUAUAUAAAGUUGACAAAUGUAUAUUCCACAAAGGAAAUAAACGAGAUAUCAGACGCCUAUAAUGAAUUGUUCGAGAGAAAACAUUGUGAAAAUCUAGCAGGUUUGGAAGCUGGCUGGGUCGGAGAAGAGAUGAAGAAAGCAGCUGGAUACAUUGAUUAUACUGUAAAAUCUAUUCACAAUCUGCAAAUGCAUAGCGGCGUUUUCACCCGGGCAAUUACGCAUCCAAAUUUAUUAGACGCGCUUGAAGAUAUCAUGGAUACCGAAGAUAUCCUGCUACAUCAUACCAAGGCACACGUAAAACCGCCGGAGAAGGGAGCGCCUUACUUGAUGCAUCAAGACUAUCACUAUUUUCCUCACAAGAAGCACACUAUGCUAGCCGUGUUUAUACACUUGGAUGACACGACACCGGAGAACGGUGGCUUGGCGGUAUACCCAGGUAGUCACAAACUGGGACCGUUAGAGGAUCAUGGAGUGACCGAUGAGAAGACCGGUGAUCAAUAUCAUUACGUCAAUCCUGAGAAAUAUCCCUUGUCGAAAGCUGCGCCCGUGUCGGCCAAGAAGGGCGAAAUCGUCAUCUUUUCUUACCUGCUGCUUCACGGUUCGUACUUGAAUCUAUCCGAUAGAAGCCGACGUAUGUUUCUUAUACAAGUGAGAGCCGCCGAUGACGAACCGACCGAGGACGUGCACAAAUCUCCCUGUCAAGGACUCGUGCUUCGCGGUAACAAUAUUUACCGAGACGCAUCGAUGGUCAAUAGACAUAUGCAUUAAUCUGAUACAUAUGAAUCACGAGCUCUAAGCGAAUAUCUAUUCUAUUUCUAAAUCUGGCUGUAUAUGUAAUAGAGCAUAAAAUCGUAGAAUAUGAUUAAAUUAUUUUUUGUAUGAACGAUACUCUGCAAUGAUUCUUAUUUCAUGAUACUACUAAUUGUAAGCUAUAAAAAAACUUUCUGCUUUUCUCGACUUUUCUACAUUUUGUUCUUGGAAAUUGUCAAUAAAUUUGAAUUUUUAUAGGUCU